CACAUUUUCAAUCAGCAUGGGGAGUCUCCCUCAAUAGAGCCCUCGAAGAUAGCUCUCGUUUCAGAGUUCAGAUGGAAGCAGAUGACAGGUAAACAAGGCAGAUUAAACCCACUGGAGAUUAUCAAUCGGGAGAUGGUGAUGAAAGAUGAAUCCAGUGAGAGGUCUAAAGUGACUACAUGAGAAGGAAGGAUGUGUAAAUCCUCUGUACACAUGUAUGACCAUUAGAGCUGCCAACACCCUUGGUGUGUGUGAGAGAAACUCUAAACAGCAAAGACAACUAUCAGAAAAAAUGCAGUGGAUAAUUUUGCUCUCCUUCAGCUACAUGGUCAGAAUUGCAACAGGAUGCUCUCUAAUGGAAAAGGACACAACAUAUGAGAUUGUGAAAAGCUCAGGAGAAUCUGCCCUGCUGCCCUGCUCCUGUUCUCCUCUGCAUGCCAAACCUGAGAGAGUGAUAUGGGAUGUCAAACGGAAAGGGUAUCCAUACAGAUCAUCCAUUGAAAUACCCAUCACAAGUGGACCCUACAGUGGCAGAGUUCAAAUGUUUAACCAACAUUCACCAGGAAAUGCUUCUCUGCUAAUAUCAGACCUGACUGAGGAGGACCAGGGAACAUAUAGGUGCUAUCUUAAUGGAGAGGUCAAGAGAAUUCACCUCCUGAUCAAAGAUCUUCAUCCGAUAUUACCAACAAGCACGUCUACACCUAAAGCACCACCUAAAUCACAAACAACAGUAACUAUAGAUAAAGAUAUAGUGAAGAAUGGAGGAGGUGAAACACCUCUUUACGUCUUCAUCUUUGUAGCUGUGCUGCUGUUGUUACUGCCGCUAGGAGGAGUCAUAUUCCUGUAUAUGAGACACAAAGGCCAAAAAGGAGGAAGUACACAGUCAGGAGGAAUGCAGGAGCGAAAUAAUGAUUCCUCAUAUGAAGCUCUUCAGCAUCGCUACAAUGCAGAACAAAUGUACUCAACCAUUGGGCAGAAUGCUGGGGUCCAGAAUGAAGCCUCAUCAACGUAUGAAGCUCUUCAGCAUCACCACAAUGCAGAACAAAUGUACUCAACCAUUGGGCAGAAUGCUGGGGUCCAGGCCACUGCUGCAGAUUAUGAAAAUCCGAGUUCAGAUUGAUGUUCCUGCAUGAUUCAGCAGAUGGCGCCAUCUCAACUCACCCCUCAGCAGUAUGUUGCAUCUCAACUCCCCCCUCAGCAGUUAUGUAUAAAGGUAUAUGUGGUGCAAAAGUCACGAGCACAUUUAACUGCAGAUUUCGCAUUCGCACACUAAAGUCACAAAUGUGUAACCGUACAUUUGAAGUUGUACAUAUUUUUUUCAUACCUUGUUAACACAAAAUAGGGCUACGGGUUCACGAAUCCGUUUUACAAGUUCACAAAACCGUUUUACAGAUACACGAAUUCUCACCUGUGCAUCACAAGUUCCUGGCCUCAUCCCCUCGAGACUUUUGCCCCAUUUACACUGCAACGAUUGGGGCAAAACACAUUCGCACAUCCGUGUUUCAUAGUCUGAGAACAUGCACAACAUUCGUGCAUUUGUAAACCCAAAUGUGAACUAAUGCAACAGAAGUUGUGCAUUUGCGAAAUAUUUUCUCAUUAAUAAAAGUCUUACAUGACUACAAGUGAAUUGAUACGAGCCUGUUAGCCCUGUGCUGAAAAUAGAAAAUGUGUCAUAUUGCAUGACGCAGUUUAGCACAGGAUAUGGAGGGAUGGUGUAAUGUUGGAUUUUUAUCUUUUGCUGAAACUGUCCCAUGCUUUAAAAAAAAAAAAAAAAAAAAAAAAACAGGAAGUUACUGAGACUUGUAUGACUGCUGU